GGUAGCAUGAUUGUGACCGUUCAUAACGUCAGAGGAAGUGAAUGUGUCAGCCAGCUUUUUGCCCUGUGCGACAGUUACUUAAUUUACACGCGGUGAAUACGGGACGUAAUCUUUGAAGAUUGCCAUAUGGAUCCUCCUCGGCAGGGGAAGAACCUGAAUCGAGAGCCAAAGCGCACUCAAAAUCGGCCAAGCAAUCCUCCUCAGAAAGAUGCCUAUGCGAGGCUCCUCAGUCAGCACUGCAGCAGCAAGUUUAGUCUGUAUCUAGAGCAAUAUGCAAAGGACAAAGCAUUUCAAAGGGACGAAACUUUGCCAAGCCCCUUGCUCAAGGCCCAGAGUGACAGGCAGAGCAUACCACAAAAACAAAGGGAGCAAGUGCCCAAUGAUUUCUCUGAUUCAAGUGACUUUUCCCCCUCUUCGAUGAAAAGUAAAGGAGAAGAGAGUUCACUGUCAUUGUACAUGGAGAAACUCAGCACCCGCACUGCUCAGCAGGACUUUGAAAGGAAGCAGGGUGUGUCUGACAGACAGCGAUGUGGACAGAGAAGAGACACAGCCACCAGCCAAGAUGGAGACGUCGAGUCUGGUGAGGAGCUUGGCUCUUUAAAACCCUAUGAAUCAAAGAAGCGGAAAACCAGGGACUUUAACAAAGAUGUUGCAUCGAAAGAGACUGAGUCAUUUGUUGGACGUCCCCAGUCCCCAAACACAGCUGGUACAAGUGGACAGGAGCAAGAGAAGAUGAAGAAGUCAAAGAAAAAAAAGGCUAAUUCAAGGCAGCCAGAAGAGGAUAGAAGCGGAGAAGGGCAGUUCCGAUCUGGGGUUGACACUCGGAUGUUAAGGCCAAAGUCCCCUCCUGGUAUAGAGAAAAAACUGCAGCAGCCAAGAUCUUCAAGUGCCAAUUCUCCUGCUGACAAGGGUAAGAACAGAGGACCCAGGGGAUCAAAGAGACCUGUUUUUGAAUCCUACAUGACAUUUGAGGAGGUUUCCCAUGGCCUCAAAAGAGGAGAACUCAUUCAGGGAAAGUUAAGGAUCAACCCCAAAAAAUAUCAUGAUGGUUUCAUCCCAUCUCCUGAUGAUGGGCGAGAUGUAUAUCUGGAUGGGAUUGUAGCUCGCAACAGAGCACUGAAUGGUGACAUAGUGGUGGUACGAAUUCUCCCUAGGGAGCAGUGGAAGGUUGUGAGGUCAGAUACGGAGUAUGAGGGCACCAGUGAGUCAGACACCCAGAAAGAAAACAUGGGGCGAACAGUGCACAAGAAGACAACAGCGCGUACUCCCAGGCCUGCUGGUAUUGAGGAUGACCAAUGUAGCGACCAGGACGAACUAAUUCGAAAAUUGCAAAAUACCGCCCUCACUGACACAGAAAUAGGCGAACAUCUGCAAGACCCCUCAACCCCGCGACCCAAUGGGGAAAUACUCCAGAAGACUGCUAAAGUGGUGUACAUCAUUGAAAAAAAGCACUCAAGGGCCGUGACAGGCUUUCUGAAAUUCCUACCAGACAAGCCUUUCGCCAUGUUCUCUCCUGUGGACCACCGGGUGCCACGGAUUAACGUUCUCCUCGCCGAUUGUCCCGAAGACUUCAGUUCCCGUCCGGGCGACUACACCAACACCUUGUUCAUUUGUCGUAUCACCAACUGGGCGGCCGACAGCAACUUUGCUGAAGGUCAACUUGCCAAGACGCUGGGUCAGGCCGGAGAAAUCGAGCCAGAGACGGAGGGCAUCCUCAUAGAGUACGAGGUGGAUUUUUCAGAGUUUUCAGAUGGGGUAUUGAACUGUUUACCCAAGAACCUGCCCUGGACCAUCCCUGCUGAGGAGAUGAGUAAGAGGAGAGACCUGAGGAAGGAGUGCAUCUUCACAAUCGACCCUUCCACCGCCAGAGACCUGGACGACGCUUUGUCUUGUAAAAGACUCCCUGAUGGUAACUUUGAGGUGGGAGUUCACAUUGCUGAUGUGAGCUAUUUUGUGGAGGAGGACAAUGCUCUGGAUGCCAUCGCCAGCCGAAGAGCAACUAGUGUGUACAUGGUUCAGAAGGUGAUCCCCAUGUUGCCCCGGUUGCUGUGCGAGGAGCUGUGCAGCCUCAAUCCUCAAACUGACAGACUCACCUUCUCUGUCAUUUGGACGAUCACACCGGAGGGGAAGAUCCUGAGCGAGUGGUUUGGCCGCUCCGUUAUCUGCUCCUGCGUGAAGCUGAGUUACGACCAUGCCCAGUCCAUGAUCGAGGCCCCUGAAAAGAUUUUCCCUGCUGAGGAACUGCCCCCCGUGGACCCCAUGCACCCCAUUGAUGAGAUCCAUCAGGCGGUGCUGAACCUGCACUCCAUUGCAAAGAACCUCCGCGCUCAACGCUUCACAGGAGGAGCCCUCAGACUGGAGCAGUUGAAACUGUCCUUCACUCUGGACAAAGAGACCAUGAUGCCUCAAGGCUGCUACGUUUACCAAUACAGAGACAGUAACAAGUUGGUGGAGGAGUUCAUGUUACUGGCUAACAUUGCUACAGCCCACCACAUCCACAAGCAAUUCCCCCAGCUAGCCCUGCUCAGACGCCACCCUCCACCCAAGGCCAAAAUGAUGGAUGAGCUGCAGGAGCUUUGUGACCAGUUGGGAAUCAACUUGGAUCUCUCCUCUGCAGGAGCAUUGAAUAAGAGUCUCAACGCAAGUCUUGGCGAUGAUGAGUAUACCACUGCCAGAAAAGAAGUCCUCACACACAUGUGCUCCAGACCCAUGCAGAUGGCGCUGUACUUCUGUACCGGUGUACUUAAGGAUGAGCAGCGGUUUAAGCACUACGCACUCAACGUCCCCUUCUACACUCACUUCACGUCCCCUAUCAGACGCUACGCUGACAUUGUCGUCCACCGGCUGCUGGCUUCUUCACUUAAUUGUGGGCCUGGCUUGGGGCUGUCAACGGAAGAAGUCGAGAAACAGGCAUUGCGCUGCAAUGAAAGAAAGACCGUGUCCAAGCGAGUCCAGGAGCUCAGCUCUGAGCUCUUCUUUGGCGUGUUUGUAAAGGACUGCGGCCCUCUGGAGUCUGAGGCCAUGGUGAUGGGGGUCCUGGAUCAGUCCUUUGAUGUGCUUGUUCUCCGUUACAGAGUACAGAAACGUGUCUACUGCAAGUCUGUUGUGGGUCUGGACUCAUUCCGCCAUCGUAAAGUGGGGAAGACAUCUGAACUGACACUGGUCUGGAGAGCAGAGGACCGAGAGAACGCUCCGGUAGAGCAGGUCAUUUCAAUCUUCACGUUAGUGGAGGUGCAGCUCAAAGCUGACGGUGCCCCCAUGAAAUACAGUGCUGUGCUCAAGAGGCCCGAGGAGUGCAAGUCCAACUGAGAAGCAAUCAAAACACUACAAUGGACAUUUUUAAUUGCACAUUUUCUUUUGUUUGGUAGAAGCAGCUUAGAAGCUGCAUUGCUGUGGUAAGCGCCACUUACUUUCCCAUUGACUUUCAUUCUUAGUGUGAAGGCCAAUCUAGUGUUUUUUUAUUUUUGGGGUUAAAUAUUUUGUAUUUAGUUGAAAAGGGAACUCUGCGUUCCGAAUUUCUUUGUUUCAUUUUUACAAUACAUGGAAGGUCAUAGACAUGAACCUAUUGGGAACAAAAGGCAAGUUGAGUUUCAUUCUUAGGAGAUGUAAACCUAAAUGAUGCUAUGAUUUGGAAAAUGGCUGUCAAUGUAUCAUUUAGGAUUCGUAGUUUAGUGAACUCAUUGGCACACUACCCAAUAUAACUCAAUGCCUGGAUUUGAAAUUGAAUUGUGACCCAGGUCUCCUAAGAAAAGAACCAAAGCAGCAUUAGUUGUAUUUUAGUGUUUGAUUUAUUGAGGGCCGUAUUGUACACUGUCUAAUGUGUGAAAGCUGCUAUUUCAGUUGAACAUCAAUAUAUUUGUGUUCUGCAAAGCAAUAGAGCCACACUUCUAAAGUUGACUUAUUUUGCUGUCCUGACCUGCUAUGCUGGCUGUAAAAUACCUUCUCUGAUUGACGGAACCGCUAUCUUAACUUACCAUAAGCCAUCUAGGAUUUUUUAGUGUCGUAUAUAUUUAUUGUUUUAUAACGGUUGAUCUUUGCGACUCUUGUGUGUGAUUGGAGGGCUAAUUCAGAACCGCUUGUACGACUGUUCAUUAGAUUUGAUUUCUUAAACGUAUUGUUCUUGUCUAAACUAAGGCACGUUUUCUGUUCUUAAGAUGGGUCGAGGCGUAAUCAUUUCUCACCUAAUUCUUACUGCUUGUAGAAGAAAAUAGGAAUGCCUUUAAUUGCUGCUGAAAGUGAUUGGUGGCCUCGAAGUUGAUGAGCUCGUUUGGAGUGCUUCCGUUUGUUGUUUAUGGGGGAUUUCUAUGCUCUGAAUCAGUCGGUUCGACUGGAUUUGUGCAGCAGAAGUACUUUAUUGACCUCAUUAAUAUCAACUGUGAAUUUUAAGCCUUAAUUUAAGUGGGCAGAAAACUUUGCCGCUGUAAAUUUGUUGAAGUCCCAUUUUGCUUUGGGUCGGUGUGCCUCUUAAGUUAUGAGUGCCAAUUUAGUGUCAUAAAGCAUCUGCUACCUCUGCACUAUUUUGUUUUAUCUUCAGAUGUCUCAAUGAAUAAAAGGCCUGUCAUAAGUUUAUUUUGCUUCCAUGGGCUUUUAGGUUGUGAUGUAAACUUUACAUUUAUUUUAAACCAGCAAGUGUUUGUGCAAAAACAUCUGUACUGAUUUUAGUAGGAUGUGUUUCUGUGAUUUCAGGUUGAAAAAAACAAA